AGAUUGAAUUGGAUUUCAAUUAAAUUUUACAAUUUAAUUUCAAAAUACUUCUAAAACCAAUGUCAAUAACUAUUGGUCAACCGUUCAGAUUGUAUAGUUGGUAAUUUGGUAUAUUUGCAGGGUUUGUAUUUAGGGAUAUUGGGUCGAAUGCGCAUUAGGCAUAGAUGGUGUAACAGGUUACAGGUAUAGGAGGACAAAAGUGGAGGAAUGUCACCAACCCCCACUUACUCCCCAACAAGAGACGAGAGUGUGGGGAAUGGGCUGUUUGUGUAGGAUUAGUGUAUGUCAUUACCAUUGCCAACCCUCACAGCCACUUUGUAUCUUCCUCUUAUUUCCCCAUUUAGGUCUCUCCUCUGGCUUUGGUGGACUAAUUUAAUAUACUUCUGGAUACUGACUGACAUUUUAGGUAUAUUAAGAGCUUCACCAAACCAAAACUCUAAAACCCUUAACUGGUUUGCGUUUUUUCAGUGCCAAAACCCAGCAAAUUUAGGGAGUCCCUUCACUUGGAGGACACAAUACUCAAAAGGGUCAUCUUCUUCUCAGCCAUAUUUGUGUAUCCAUUGCAAGUUUUUUUUAUUUUUUUAUUUUUUUUUAUGUCUGGUUCUGAUAUGUUAUGACACUGUUCAAUGCAAGAAGACGAGUGUGGUUUUUGAGUCUUGGUUGAGGUUUCUGAGGACCCAUCUGGUCAUUUGGACUGGUGGGUCUGGUUCAUCUUCCAAAAAUCUCAUCUGGGUAAUCCAUUGUUUGCUCAAUUAGUGUGAUGGUAAAGUGGGUUUGGCAAUAGCAAAAUGCCUGGAGUGGAAUUGACUUCUAGACUCGAGUGUUCUAAGAGCUUCCCUGAUAGACAAGAACUUGAGGAAGAUAGCUCAGACCAUUCGAUCGAAGCUUCUCGCCAUUUAAAGUUGGAUACGGGGCACUUGAAUGAUUGCGUCAAUACCAAGAAGAAUGAGUCUCCCAAUGCUGAAGUUCAAAGUGCUUUGAGGCAAGAGAUUCUACAACUUGAGAAGAGAUUACAGGACCAAGUUGGUGUCCGCCAUGCUUUAGAAAAAGCACUGGGUUUUAGGUCUUCCUCUCAUGACAUAACAGAUGAAAUUUCAAUGCCUAAGCCGACUACCGAACUGAUCAAAGAAAUUGCAGUACUGGAGUUGGAAGUUGUACAUUUGGAACAAUAUCUUCUCUCUCUGUACCGGAAAACAUUUGAUCAACAAGUGUCAUCCAUAACACCAUGUACGAAGGACGAAAGAUCAAAAUCACCGCUAAAUACCACAAGAGGAAGGCACCUAGAAGUUUCCAACUCUGAUGUGACAUUAAAGAGGGAGAAUUCCACAGUUAAUGCUAGCUAUCAGUCACUUUCUAAUUCCUGGAACAAAUAUAAUAAUAUAGGAGCAGAAAAGAAUCUAUUAGAUUCCUUUGCUCACCGCUGUCACUCAUCACUAGCACAAAGUUCAGCUCUAGCAACUAGAAGUUCUCCAGCGGAGCCUCUGGGUAAAGCUGUUCGUGCCUGUCAUUCCCAACCUGCGUCCAUGAUGGAGUAUGCUCAGAACGCUUCUGCAAAUGUAGUGAGUCUGGCAGAGCAUCUUGGUGCCCGCGUUGCUGAUCAUGUUCCAGAGACUCCUAACAAGCUUUCUGAGGAUAUGAUCAAGUGCAUGUCAGCUAUAUAUUGCAAGCUUGCUGACCCCCCUUUGACCAAUCAUGGCCUAUCAUCUCCCACUUCAUCUUCAUCACCAUUGAGCACAAUUUCUCCAAAAGAACAUUGCGAUAUGUGGAGUCCAGGGUUUAUGAAAUCAUUUGAUGUACGGUUAGAUAAUCCCUUCCAUGUGGAAGGAUUGAAGGAAUACAGCGGACCUUACAGUGCAAUGGUUGAAGUGCCAUGUAUAUACAGAGACAAUAAGAGAUUGGGUGACAUUGAACAAAUGUUACAAAAUUUUAGGUCACUUAUCUGUCGAUUGGAAGAAGUAGAUCCCAGGAAGAUGAAACAUGAGGAGAAGCUAGCAUUUUGGAUUAACGUACACAAUGCAUUGGUGAUGCAUGCAUUUUUGGCUUAUGGAAUUCCACAAAACAACGUAAAGAGAGUCUUUCUACUCUUGAAAGCUGCCUAUGAUGUUGGGGGUCACAUUAUAAGUGCAAACAUGAUACGAAGUUCCGUCCUUGGUUGCCGCAUAUCUCAUCUUGGAAAGUGGCUUCGCUUGUUACUCUCCUCUAAGACAAAACUCAAGACCGGAGAUGAGCAGCAAGCAUAUGCAAUUGAUCAUCAAGAACCCCUUUUAUACUUUGCACUUUGUUCAGGAAGCCAUUCUGAUCCGGCGGUUCGUGUUUACACUCCAAAGAGAGUAUUUCAAGAACUGGAGGCUGCAAAGGAAGAAUACAUCCGGGCUACCUUUGGGAUUCGAAAUAACCAGAAAAUCCUUCUACCAAAGAUUGUAGAGUCCUUUGCAAAGGAUUCAGAUUUGUGUCCAACUGGUUUGAUGGAGAUGAUCGAACAGUGUUUGCCUGAAUCUACAAAAAAAUGUAUUAAGAAAUGUCGGCUAGGGAAGUCUCGGAAGAUCAUCGAAUGGACUCCUCAUAAUUUUGCUUUUCGGUAUCUUAUUUCGAAAGAGCUGAUGCAAUAGAUUAUGGAGCCAGACAAUGGAGGAUAGUUUUGGCCUACUCCUUUUUGUUGAGUGUAAUCCCAUUUUUCUUGUCAGGCAAUCUGUAGUUACCUUUGAUCCUGUUCUGUCUUGGAAGUAAUAUGCACUUUUUGUGUAAAUAUUUAGGGCUUAUUUGGUUUAGUUUUCAGAGAAUUGUGCAGACCUAACUUUUUUAAAUGAGUUUCGAAAAAACAGUCAAAAGAGAAAAAAUGUGACAUGACGAAAAUGUACUAGCUUUAGUAUACCAUUGGACAUAACCACCAAUUUGUUAUCUAUCUA